GGGGCGGGGCCAUGGACGCCGCCGGCGUUGUGAACCGAGACUCGCUACGCGGGGCGGCGACGGCAGAACGUCCGCUGCUUGGAGCAGGUAACCUGCCGGGCCGCACAGUGCAGCCUCCGCAAGGUGUUGGAGCAAGGGCGCCCUGAGAGCCGCGCGUGGAGACCCCGGCGCCCCGGCGUCCCGGCGUGGGAGGGAGCCGGAGGGCCCAGAUUAAUAUUAAAAUCGGAAAUUUGUAUCUUGUGCUCGGUAUUAGAAAUUGAAUGUAAUGGCAACAGAAUUUGUGAAGACUUGCUGUAGAGGAUGUUUCUAUGGUGAAACAGAAAAGCACAACUUCUCAGCAGAAGGGGACCUGAAAGCAGCAGUCCCAGACUGUCACCGUGCUCCCGUGUGCGUGCCCCCGCUGAGCGCCGUCUCUGUGAAGCCGCAGGUCGGCUGCACUGAGGAUUACUUACUUUCCAGAUUACCACCGGAUGGCAAACAGGUACCCUUCGUGGUGCCCACGUUUAAGUUGUCGUACGUUCAGCCCAGGAUACAAGGAACCCCUUCACAUCUAGAAGAACUUGAAGGAUCUGCCAGAGCAUCUUUUGGAGAUCGAAAGGCAGAACUUUCCAGCUCAUCCCAUCCUGGACCCAGCUAUGACGUGUACAACCCAUUCUAUAUGAGUCGGCGCGUUUCACCAGAUUUGAGUCGGCGCAUUCCUCCGUGUUUAAAAGCCACAAGACUAUAUGGAUCAGUUUGCGACUUAAGGACCAGCAAGCUCCUUGGUUCCUCUGGACUGAGCAAGUCUAUGUUUGAUCUUACAAGUUCAUCGCACAAGUUCACCCAGAGACACGAUUCGCUGUCCAGUGUGCCCAGCAGCUCUUCGUCGAGGAAUAACUCUCAGGGGAGUAACAGAAGCCUGGACACGAUCACCCUCUCGGGAGAUGAAGGGGACCUGGGGAGACUGAGCGUGAGAGUGUUUUACAGUUCUUCCGCAGAGCAGAUCUGGAUCACAGUCUUACAGUGCAAAGAUUUAAGUUGGCCCUCUAGUUGUGGCGAUGCUCCUACUAUUUCUGUAAAGGGAACGCUAACAUUGCCCAAACCGGUGCAUUUCAAAUCUUCAGCCAAGGAAGCCUCCAAUCCUAUUGAAUUUAUGGAAACUUUUGUAUUUGCUAUUAAACUCCAAAGUCUGCAAACUGGAAGGCUUGUGUUUAAGGUUCAAACCCAGACCCCCAGGAAGAAAACCAUUGGAGAAUGCUCGCUGUCACUCAGAACCCUCGGCACGCAGGAAAUGGACUACUCUUUGGAUAUAAUGCCACCUUCGAAAAUUUCUGUGUGCCAUGCAGAACUUGAACUGGGGACUUGCUUUCAAGCAGUAAACAGCAGGAUUCAGCUGCAAAUUCUUGAGGCACAGUGCCUUCCAAGCUCAUCAACACCUCUGACUUUGAGCUUUUUCGUGAAAGUGGCAAUGUUCAGCUCAGGGGAGCUGAUUUAUAAGAAGAAGACGCGUUUACUGAAGGCCUCCGGUGGAAGAGUCAAGUGGGGGGAGACUCUGAUUUUCCCACUUGUACAGAGCGAAAAGGAAAUCACUUUUCUCAUCAAGCUUUAUAGCCGGAGCUCUGUGAGAAGGCGGCAUUUCGUGGGGCAGAUCUGUGUCAGCAAAGACAGCAGCAACAUCGGAGCAGCAAACCAGUGGAGAGAGACAGUUACAAAUCCUGAGAAGCUUGUCAUCCAGUGGCACAGAUUAAAUCCAUCCUGAAGGCCGCACACGUUAUUUGGUGAAGAAUUGGACAUCCUUUCAGAAGACUUGUGAUCUCAAUUUGCUACCAAUGGGAAGAGACAAAUCAAUAUAUUUCUCAAGUUAUUGAUGGGGGUCAUAAUUACAGUAUAUAAUGGACCUGUUAGAAAAUUGAACUUGAUAAAAAAUGGUAUGAAUUGUAUCAAAGGUCCAAAGUAAAGGAAAUGUUUAAAAACUCUUCCAAAAUAAACCAUAAAAUAGAAUGGUUGUAUUAUUAGGGCAACCAAAUAAAUUUAAAAAACAAUAAGAAUAUCAACCAUGGAUAGUUACUGCCAUAUUACAGGUUUUUAAAAACGUCUUACUGAGGUAUUCUUCAUCUAGUAUGUCGAGUCUCUGUUAGUGCCGUUACGCACUUAGAAGACUGAGCACUGUCGCAGUGAUCAUUACGGAUUGUGUCUCUAUUUCACUGUUUACUUCUUGCUACACAUUUUGUCUCAGGAUGCAGAAAUGUGACUUUCCUUUGGCUAACAAGUAGACCAAGCGCUCUGUGUUCACGGUCUUCCAUUUUUUCUCUCUUACCUUGUCUCACACAUGCCAGGAAAUAGAUGGCGAUAUUUUAGGCCAGAAGUAUACUUUGAAUUAGCUUAAGCAUGCCCUCUUCAUUCCGGUUCCUCUGUUCUGUGUGACUUACUAAGAUUUUUCCAAAUAAACACUUAAUUCCCCUUAUCCUAGAUAUUAGCUCUUGAAACUAUAAAAUGCACAUACUUUACAAGCACUUUGUUCCUGCUGCCUAGAGUUUAUGGUACAUGGGUGGUGUUGACAGGGACCCUCUGUGCGGUUUGUUCUAUUGACUUUUAGAGAGUCAGAGAAAGGGGAAGGGAAAGAGAGAAAGAAGGAAAGAAAUAUCGAUUUGUUGUUCUACUUACUUAUGCCUUUCUUCAUUAAUUCUUUUUUAUGAGAUAUAUUUUCUACCUAUUAGCUUGGUAUACAUUUAAAUAUUUUUUACUUUUAUUUUUUAGUAUAUUUUAUUGAUUAUGCCAUUACAGUUGUCCCAUUCCCCUCCUUCAUUUUUCUCCACUCUGCCCCUCUCCCCACAUUCCCCCCAUUUAGUUCAUGUCCAUGUGUCAUAAGUUCUUUAGCUUCUACAUUUCCCACACUACUCUUGCCCUCCCACUAUUUUCCCCCCACCAUCAAUGCUUUUGCUUUAAGUGUGGUUGUUAAUAAAUGUGUGUUUACUGUCCUUUCCUGUUCAUAUUUUUAUCUUUUUUUUCUUAGAUAAGCCCCUUUAACAUUUCAUAUAAUAAGGGCUCGGGGAUGAUGAACUCAUUGAACUUGGCCUUAUCUGAGAAGCACUUUAUCUGCCCUUCCAUUCUAAAUGAAAGCUUCACUGGAUAGAGCAAUCUUGGUUGUAGGUAUUUGGAUUUCAUGACUUGGAAUACUUCUUUCCAGCCCCUUCUUGCCUGUAAGGUCUCUUGAGAAAUCUGCUGACAGUCUGAUGGGAACUCCUUUGUAGGUGACUGUCCCCUUAGCUCUUGCUGCUUCUAGGAUUCUCUCCUUCAUUUUAAUCUUGGCUAAUGUAAUUAUGGUGUGCCUUGGUGUGUUCCUUCUUGGGUCCAACUUCUUUGGGACUCUCUGAGUUUCCUGGAUUUCCUGGAAGUCUAUUGCCUUUGCCAGAUUGGGGAAGGUCUCCUUUAUUAUUUGCUCAAAUAAGGUCUCCACUUGUGGCUGUUCCUCUUCCCCUUCUGGUACCCCUAUAAUUCGGAUGUUGGAAUGUUUAAAGAUGUUCUGGAGGUUCCUAAGCCUCUCCUCAUUUUUUUGGAAUUCUUGUUUCUUCAUUCUUUUCUGUUUGGUUGUUUCUUUCUUCCUUCUGGUCCACUCCAUUGAUCUGAGCCCCAGUUUUCUUUCCAUCACUAUUGGUUCCCUGUGCAUUUUGCUUCAUUUUACUUAGUGUAGCCUCCAUUUUUUCAUCUAAUUUGUGACUAAAAUCAACCAGUUCUAUGAGCAUCCUGAUCACCAGUGUUUUGAACUGUGCAUCUGAUAGGUUGGCUAUCUCUUGGUCACUUAGAAGUAUUGGCUCUGGGACUUUGAGCUGUUCUUCUGCUUGAGCCAUAAUGUUUUGGUCUCUUUGCGCCCAUUACUUAUGACGGGCAGAGCCUUGGGUGUUCACCAGGGCGGGGUGACCCAGUCACUGGGUUGUGACGCUGUAUGUGGGGGCAGGGUUAGAGAGGGAACAAUAGCGUUUUUUUCUACUUUCUCUCAGAUUUCAGUCCCCUCUGCCACUUCCCACAAGCAAAUUGGGCCCUUCUGGCACUGGUUCCCUGGUGGGUGGGCUUGUGUACAUUCUAGGACCCCAUGGGUCUUUCCAGUGAACUCUCCUGUGAGGCUGGGCACCUCUCCCGGGACCUCAACCCCUGAAAGUUUUACCAAUUGGUGGUUUUAGGCUUUAUUUCCUGGAGCUGGGGCCCUGGGUUGCUCAGUCUGUCUCACUGGCCGUUUUUAAACCUGCCUGGUUUAUCUGCAUGUGAAUGUGUGUCUGUGGUCAGCCAGCUGCCUUACAAGCCUUACUGGGCUUUCGUCCCUCGCCUGCCGGGUCCACCAACCACCGCUUUUUCCUGCCGGGACCCCUCUUCGCCACCGCUGACUCUGCCCCUCUUACUGGUCUGGAUGAAUGGCUCAUCGUUGUAGAACUCUCAUACAGUUCAAUUUUGUUUGUUCUGGUUUUGUUUUUAUUUCUGAAUCUUUGUUGUCCUUAAAUUUGGUUGUACAAGGAGGCACAAUGUCUGCACCUAUGUGUCCAUCUUGGCUGGAAGUCUAUUCAUCGAUUCUUGUACGUGCCCUCACUGGGGAUUGAACCCACAACCUUGACAUAUCAGGACGAUACUCUAACCAACCAAACUAUCCAGCCAGGGCUGAAAUGGUUUUUUGUUGUUUUUUUUUUAGAUUUGUGAAAAAUGAUACAUUGCUCAAUUCUCAAAUGGACUUUUAAGAUAAAUCACGUUGUAUGGUAGUCUUUUGAAUGUUUAGACAAAUGGCAGCUAUUUAAAACACAUUUUUUAAAUAGACUUUGUUUUAGGUUCUCACCAAAGUUGAGAGGAGGGUGCAGAGAAUCCUCUUAUAUCGCCUGCUCCCAGACAUGCGCAGCCUUCCUGGCUACCAGCAGCUCGCCCCGGAGUGGUACCUCUGUUACAAUCCAUGAACCUACAUCAAUGUAUCCGUAUCACCUGAUGUCCAUACCUUACAUUAGGAUUCACUCUUGUUUUCUGUGAGUUGUGAUGAGUGCAUAAUGACAUGUUUUACUACUUGAUAAGUCCUCUGCCAAUGCAGCUAUUUUAAUAGCUACCAGAAAAGUAAGUGUAUUGGCUUUUAGAUAAUAAAUCAUGGAUUUUAUUGUUUUAAGAAAUCUAGGAUUUUUUUUGAGCAGUUUUUCUGUGUUCUAUUAUCGCUUUCAAUUCCUAAAUUUAUUAUUUGCAGUUACGUAUGUAACUCAACUUUUAAUUAUUUAAUUUGCAAAAUGGAGACAACUGUACUUGAACCAUAAAAACAGAACGAGUCCUUUCAGUUACAGGUACUGACACAGCCGAGAUCCCAAACGUGUUCAUUAGCGUUGACGUCAGCCUUCCUUGGGGGAAGAGGUACUGAGUAAAGAUAUUGUGGCUGUUUCUUAGAAGAUUUAUGUGGACAAAGAAAAAGAAAUACCCUGUCCCAUUCACAGCUACUCAUGAGGAAAACACUAGAAGCCCGUCAUAAAAAUAUGAGAUACUGUGCAAAAAUCACUUCCCUGUGUAUUUGCUUAGGCAUUUCUUGACCAUUGCUCACUCGUAAUGAGAAGGGAACCAAAAUAACGCUGAGUGGCCAGAGAAAGCCCCGGAAGGUUCGUGUUGCCAGCGGAUCGUUUGCACAGUACUGUUCCCUGACAGUGUAUUUACUUAGAAGCUUUCAGAUGAAUACAGUUAAAUAGCUGCAGCCUGUGUCAAAACACAUCACUCUUCGGCUUUCAUUUAGUUUUGCAUGAUUUCUUUAGUGUAACUCCUAGAGAAAUUACCACCGAAGUAUAUCAGUUCCAACUCUUAUCAGACUGUUAAGGAACCAGUGGGAUUUUAAACAUAUGUUGUAUAAUUGUGGUCUGAAAAUAACCUCAACUGACCUUUUGGUUGAAUUCAAUUAUAUGAAUUUCUCUGAUACUGUAUUUCCCAGCAACAGUUUCCAUUGUAUGUUUAAUGAAAUAAUUGCUUAUUUGUGAAGGAUUUCAGAAAUUUGUAAUAAAUUUCAACUUUUUA